AUGCACGGCCGUCACCGCCUUGCAGCAGCCCAUGCAACGGGCACUGUGCAAUGCGACCUCGUCCUCCCAUUCGCUCUCGCCGCGCUGGCGAUCAUCGUUUUGAACUUUUGCAUUGUCCUCUUGUCACCCCUCCUGCAUUGGCACGGAUGCAAUUUGUCCGACCAGUUAUACCAGGAAGGACCACGGCGACUGAAGCAGCUCGGCGAAGGCCCGGUUCUCGAGGCCUGGUCUUGCCUGCACAGCCUGGACCGCAGUUCCCUCCGCCUGCUUCCUGACAAGGACCUGGAGCAGCGCGCCCGUCAGACACCACGAUGGCUCUUCAUCGGUGUAUCCUCGGUGCAGAGGAAGGCUGAAUACCUGGGUCUCACUUUGUCUCACCUUUUUGAUGCCAUGGGGGCCGCGACGGACACAGGUAUCGUUGUCCACCUCGCAGACUUCGAUGAAACUUGGGUCAGCAAAUCUCACGAUUGGCUCCGCUCGGGCUUCGACGACGAGGUGCAGGCGAAUCGUUUACACGUGAUCCACGCCCCAGAGAAGCUCUACCCCUCGAAGGAGGAGGUCCAGAAGAGCACAAAGUUCGGUGAUCCUCCGCAUAGGCAGUGGUGGAGAGCCAAGCAGAACAUGGACUACGCUUACUUGAUGUGGUAUGCAGCCGGCCUGUCAGAGUACUACAUGCAGCUCGAAGACGACGUCCAGGUUGUUCCGAGCUUCUUGCCAACAGUACGUCGGUACAUGAGAGAGAAGGCGGCCGGCAACGAGUGGGUGAUGAUCGCCUUCUCGAAGCUGGGCUUCAUCGGGAAGACUUUCAGGUCCUCCAGGCUCCCGAAGCUCGCCGAGUUCCUCUUGGCCUUUCAUGACCAGGCUCCCUGCGACUGGCUGGUUUGGAUCUUCAUUGAUGCAGUUUCGUCGCAGCCGGUGACCGGGCAGAUUGCCAAGGACUUGGAAGACGAGUUCGUGAAACGUGCCCAGUCCAAGCACCAAGGCAACAAGGGCAAAGCCGAGCAAACCAGGUCGAUGAGGAAUGACGUUCUUCUUUUCUACAGGGAGCAAAGCGCGCAGCAGGUCUUCCUCUCCGCAGCGGCUCCAGCUUCCCCGAAGACGACAGUUCCGGCACUGUCACUGUCGCUGCUCACAGCAGAGCCCGGGGUUUCGAGUGCGGCAUCGACACCCGGAGCGAUCGGACCGCUGCCACCGGCGCAAGUCUUCAGCAACAUGAAGCACUGGAAGCAGUGCCCUCCGCAGUCCAAGGGCGUGUUCGCGCACGCGUGUUUGCAUUGCACUGUCAGACCGUAG